AUGACCAGUUUUUUGCAUCCGCCGCAGCUUUCGGCAAAUUCUGUAGCGACGCCGUCGCCGAGAAUUUCCAGUGCUUCCGACACGGUGUCUCACAUCCAAUUGCCAGAAUUAAAGCUACCGAAGUUCUCGGGUAAAUACGACGAGUGGUUUCCGUUCCAUGAUACGUUUGGUUCGAUUAUACAUUCCAACGCGUCACUUAGUAACGUCCAGAAAUUACAAUAUUUGAAAACGGCUAUUAGCGGCGAAGCUGCCACAGUGCGGGAAUGGCAGGUUUCGUUAACCGGUUCCAAUUUGCCGACUUUGAAGCAGUUCACGGACUUUAUCACGCAUAGAUGCCGCGUGUUAGAGGCUACCGGCAAAGGCGUGACCGCCCCUGCAAAGGGUGUCUCACCGCGUUCACCGGUCAACACAAAGGGUCAUACGGCGUGCGCUACCACGGUUAAAUUUAAGUGCAGUUAUUGUCAGGGCGAUCACUCGGUGUAUCGUUGCGAAGGGUUUUUGGCGCUUCCGAUCGCGCGUAGGGUGUCGGAAAUUCGUAGUCGAAAGCUUUGUACUAAUUGUUUGCGUGCCACGACUCAUACCGCUAACAAAUGUACGUCGGGAGCUUGCAAGGUUUGCAAAGCCAAGCACAAUACGCUGCUCCACGCGCCGGCGUUAUCAAACGCGCAAGAAAAGAACGUUACGGGUUCCGAGGAAUCGAGUCUCGAGUCGGCGUCUUCGUCCGCGUUAGUUACACAUACAUUGACUUCACGUGAAAGCAAAUAUAUUAUGCUUUCGACCGCCGUCUCUCGAUUAAGUUCAUAUACAACGCAUGUCGACUGUAUCGUAACUACCCAAGUAACAGAAAAAAUUCCCGCGGUUUCGUUACAGCAGGCCGCUUUCGACAUUCCGCGUAACUUGGAUCUCGCUGAUUCCAAGUUUCAUGAGUCUUCCGACAUCGAUAUUUUAAUUGGCGCGGAGGUGUUUUGGGACCUAGUUUGUGUAGGACAAAUCGCGUCCACACCGUCACAUCCCACAUUACAGAAAACGCGGUUGGGAUGGAUAUUAGCGGGCCAGUUGGGCGCAAUUCCGAGCGCGACACGACACGUCCGGGUCUGUCACGCAACCGUAGCUAACGAGCAGUUGCAUGAUCAGUUAAAGCAAUUUUGGCAAUUAGAAGAUGUUGCCAGUUAUUCGAUUAAUUAUACUAUUCAAGAAGCAUAUUGCGAGCAACAAUUUUUAGAUAGUGUGAGCCAAACUCAGCAAGAGGGCGCCGCUUUGAAACGUUUGCGCGGUCUCGAGAAACGAUUUUUGUGCAAUCCAAGUUUGAAAGCUCAGUAUGUGUCCUUCAUGGACGAGUAUAAAUUGCUUGGCCAUAUGAAACUUGUAAAUGUACCGGCUGAUGAGGAAGCGGCGUCUUUUUAUUUGCCUCAUCAUGCUGUUUUUAAGAAAUCGGAUAAAUCGUCAAGAAUACGCGUUGUUUUCGAUGCGUCGUGCAAGUUAAGUACCGGGUAUUCAUUGAACGAUGCUCUGUUUGUGGGUCCGGUCGUUCAACAGGAUUUAGUGUCCAUUUUGAUGCGAUUUCGCACCUUUCGGUAUGUUAUAACUGCUGAUAUAGUUAAAAUGUACAGGCAAAUAUUAAUCGAUCCGUCGCAAGCCUGUUUGCAGCGAGUUUUGUGGCGUAGCAACAUUGAGUUUCCCGUCGAAGUUUAUGAAUUAACUACGGUUACUUAUGGUACAGCUUCUGCCUCAUAUUUGGCAACGAGAUGCCUUAAGCAUCUGGCCGAUCAGCAUGAGGCACGAUAUCCAACAGGCUCGGAUCGCGUUAAGCGCGAUUUUUAUGUGGACGACCUGCUCACCAGAGCGGAUACCCUCGACGAGGUUAGGCUUAUCGGCGACGAAGUGGUCGAAUUAUUGCGAUUAGGAGCGUUCGAGCUCAGUAAAUGGGCUUCUAAUGCCCCCGAGGUGUUGGAAAAUUUCGGUGAUCAGGGUUUUUAA